CUUACGGUUUCACGGGGGUUAUUUUCUGAUACUUUUGAUGGGAAAUCCUUUUUUUAUAUUUGGCCCUUGACCAAGACUUAAGACGUAUCGCAAAUCAGAAUGGUAAAAAAAAGAGGGGGCAGAUUACGACAUAAUGUGAAACAAUCCUUGCGAACAUUACUGAUGAAACUGUAAUCUCAUUGUAAUCAAAUUCUGUACAACUGCUCAGUCUGUAAUCUUCUUACAUCGAUUACCCUGCCAUGUUGCCUACUUCACGCUUUUGGUAUUAUUGGAUAAUCUGUGUACAUUAUAUUCAGUCCUCUUCAGUCUAUAUUUGUGUGUGAGUCAUGUCAGUGAGGCUCAUGGUGGUUUCGUAUACUUCGGGAGAAUUAAUAUUUUAACCUAAUGCGUUUGUUGCAAGUGUAAAAGCCUAAUGUGAUUGUUAAUUGUAAUUUGUCAUUUUACGUGUGUACCAGCCACAGAGCUGGUAGAAGUUACUAUCUUUUUGUAACACGGACAUCCUUAGUGUCGUCAUGAACGAAGUCGGAGUGAAGUCCCUAAGAUCACCUAAAUCUACACCAAUAACGGAUGAUUAUGAAAUAUCUAACACAGUUUUAGGGUUGGGGAUUAAUGGGAAAGUGGUGCAGUGUUAUACCAAGAAGACGAGAGAAAAACAUGCUCUGAAGGUUCUUCAUGACUGCACGAAAGCUCGCCGUGAAGUAGAUCUCCAUUGGCGGGCAAGUGGUUGUCGACAUAUUGUUAAUAUUAUUGAUGUGUAUGAGAACACUUAUAGUGGAAACAAGUGCCUCCUGGUUGUUAUGGAAUGUAUGGAGGGAGGUGAAUUAUUUCAGCGAAUACAAGAUAGACAAGAUGGAGCUUUCACAGAACGUGAGGCUGCACAAAUUAUGCGUGAAAUAUGUCUUGCUGUGAAGUAUUUACACGAUAUGAACAUUGCUCAUCGAGAUCUUAAACCUGAAAACCUCCUGUAUACAAAACCAGACCAGACAGGAAUUUUAAAACUCACAGACUUCGGAUUUGCAAAAGAAACUUUCUCAAAGGACACACUGCAGACACCGUGUUACACUCCGUACUAUGUUGCACCAGAAGUUCUUGGUCCAGAGAAGUAUGACAAGAGUUGCGACAUCUGGUCACUGGGAGUCAUUAUGUAUAUUCUUUUGUGCGGUUUCCCACCGUUCUACAGUAACCACGGACUAGCCAUCUCUCCAGGCAUGAAAAAGCGUAUCCGCACAGGACAGUAUGACUUUCCAGACCCUGAAUGGAAAAAUGUGGCUCAGGAUGCUAAGGAACUGAUUCGAGGAAUGUUAUGCAUUGACCCCACUCAGCGUCUCACAAUUGAACAAGUGAUGCGUAACAAAUGGAUUGCUCAAUAUACAGAGGUGCCUCAAACACCCUUACAUACAGGCCGUAUGCUGCGUGAAGCUGAGGACAUCUGGCCUGAGGUUCAAGAAGAAAUGACGCGUUCACUGGCUACCAUGCGUGUUGACUAUGACCAGGUGCACAUUAAGAAUUUGGAUAACACAAACAAUCCUUUGUUGAAUAAACGGCGCAAACGUGGGCUUCCGGAUCCAACAGACGCUCCGGCCCAGUAAUUUGCACGGUUAAAUCCAAUUACUGUGCGUUGAAGAAGAUGCUUGAACUGGUUGAAGCAGCUGGAAGGGAUUACUGAGAAAUAUUUGGUUAACUGAAGUCAAAGGUAUGAAAGUUUUAAAAAUGAUUUAAAUUUUGCAAUGUGGGUAUGGUGCAGAUACAUACUGUAUUCUGCGCCAUUCCUUUUCAUGUUUCACUAGUUAAUACAUUUUAUCGUGUAACACAUUAGACUUGAAAUGAGAAACAUACAUGAUACUUCAGAUGAAAAGUAUACUUUUAAAACAUUUAUUUAUAUAGUUAAUAUAUGUAAUUUAUUAGUGUUAUUGUAUAAUUUUAUCUUUUAAUUUCUCUGAAUGCUAUGCAACUUAAAAGUGGGGUGCAUAAGGUAGGCUGAGAAUAAAGCUAUUCAGUAUUUCCUGAAGUAUUUGACAGUCACACAGAAACUGGCAGUGCCUCUUGCAAAUUGAUCGAAGGUGCUGGUAAGGGUACAAACGUAUUUAAUGCAAGUGCAAAUCAUAUGAAAAUAGGCCUAAUUCUAAUGCCUUUUUAAGUCAAAUUUAUUUUGUAUUUUCUGAAAAUGUUAUCGAGUGAUUGCAUUUAUUACUUUCAAAAGCACCCUGUUGCCAAAGAAGCAUUUUUUAUGGGUUUUCCCCGUGAUUUUGAAUUCCAUCAAAAAAUUUAAAUACGUACUACAUUCUUUUUUCAAUGAACGAGUGCUUAUAUCCGCUCGCUCACCGUACACACGUUUUCGUGUACCUUUGUAGCAGAUUCUCCUCUGCCUACUAAAAUACCCAUCUUGUUGUGUAGGUGCGAAUAGAAAUAGAAUGAACUUUAAUAUAGUGACAGAGAGAUGUCCUACAAAAAUCUUCAACUUCUUUUUGGUGAUUUUUGCAAGUUGUAUUCUGCCAGAAUUUGUGUAUAGCAAAAUAGGAACAGUAAUAUGGUGAAGGCCUUGAAGCCCUGUUCUCUGGACUGAAGGCUUCUACCUACACACUUUACGUGAGGCAAAUUUGCUCGUAGGUUAUGUUAGGAAGGAGAUUAUAUCCAUAAGAUAAGUUACAGCAGAAAUGUUGGUUUUGCAGUUCUCAGGUGAUAAAAGGUCAUGGACUUGACAGUUGUAUGGUAGACUGAUUUCAGUGUACUCUUAACUGAAGAAUCAUUGUUAUUGAACAUUGCCUGUUUGUAUAUAUGUGGCUUAGAAAUAUAAUUUAUAUAAUUUAUGAUUACAAUUGUAUUUUUCAACGUGAGAAUUAAAAUAAGAAGUGGCAGGGAGAUCUGCACAGAAGCCACAUGCCUGGACCACUGGCCUCGUACUUCUUAGUCGUGAGUUCCGUUUUAAAUCCAAACAGAAACCUUGAUGAACGGAAUUCUGCUGGAAUUAAUUUUCUCACUUUCCACUGUUUAUAUGUCUUUUUCCAUCAUUUUAUGUUGUCAGAAUGAUUAUUAUGAAGUAAUUUCGAGUGUUAUGAAACGAGUACUAAGUCAUGCAGUGAUAACGACAGUAGUGGCAGUGAGACUAAGGUUCUCAUGGUGAAAAUGAUGUUCGUCAGUACCGCGGGUAUUUACCAUUGCUCUUAAGUACAUGGCAGUCAGUUUUAUUACCAUCUUUCAGUAAAAUUAGGUCCAUUUACACUGAUGUAUAUAGUAUAGCAUAUUUUGAAAAUAUAUAUGUUCUGCGAGGAUUAACGAUUAAUCUAACUUUUAUUAGGUACUUUUAAAAUAUGAUUUAGCUUAGAAUUCUUUGAACACCAAUUACUGAACAUUGAACUGCCUGACUGGCUUCAGGACAGAUAUCUGAAUUGUUAAUUUACUCUAGUUUUCAUUAGAAGAUAUUUUAAAUAUAAUGAAUUUUAUUUCCGCAGCAACAUAAGGUUUUCAUGUCAUAGUUUUGAUGAUGUGUCUUAUACUUCCUGAUAACAUACAUUGCUUCAUAUAACGUUAGGCAGAUCCUCUUAGAAUUAACCAGUAUUUCAUUUAAAUGUGUGUCUUGAUUGUCUCCCAUUCUGGUUAAUGGCUUUUAAUUUUGAUUUCUGCCUCAUUCCAGCAAGUUGAACAAUAGUUGAAUGAUUAAUUUCCUUUAUUCUGUGCAGUGUUGAUGCUUUUGUCAUACAUGUAAUUAAUUGAACACAGGUUCUUCAACACAGAGUUAAGUGAGUCAGUUUACCAGAAUGAAGAGUCAUUGACUGGAAUGGAAAAUCAGAAAAGCAUUGAUUUGUUUAAAUAUUUAAUUCUUGUGUCCCUAAAAGUAAUGUUUUAAAAAUUGUAUAGAAAUAACUGUAAUACAAACCAGUUGGUGGACAUGAGGUGCCUGUGGGUUCAUUCUGUUCACAAGAUGACAAGAUCUUUGUUUGUGUGAAGUGUGUUAACAUCUGAAAAUACUGUUUAUCUGUACAGCACGUAAAUUAAUAUUUAUAAUGUGAAAUUAAGUGAAAAAUAUGUGACUCUCAUGCAUCUUAUGCACAUUUAAGAGUGUCAUGAAUUCAGAUGUCGUCCUUUCAGUUGUUAGAUUGCUUUGCGGAUAAAAUGAGCGGUGGUGGUUUGGAUUUCAAAUAAAUAUGAAGGAAUGAUAUGUUAACGCAUUCACUGCCAAAAUGUACGAUUAUAUCAGUUUAGUGAUGAGGUUUUAAUACUGCCAGCAUGGACUUAAUGUGAUUUAUUGGACAUACUGAAAUUGAUUAAUAUGAAUGAAUAUUGGUUGCUGGAAGGAUAAUUUAGACUUUCAGGCAUUAUCAUCAAAUGCCAGGUACAGGCAUACCUCGUUUUAUUGCGCUUCGCAGAAAUUGCGUUCUUUUACAAAUUGAAGGUUUAUGGCAACCCUGCGUCGAGCAAGUCUAUCGGCACCAUUUUUCCAACAGCAUGUGCUCAGUUCGUGUCUCUGUGUCAUAUUUUGGCAAUUCUCUCAAUGAUCUUGCAUUUUUUUUAGACAUAAUGCUAUUUCACACUUAAUACACUACAUUAUAGUGUAAACAUAACUUUUAUAUGCACUGGGAAACCAAAAAAUUUGUGACUCGCUUUAUUGCGGUGGUCUGGAACCGAACCCGCAAUAUCUCCGAGGUAUGCCUGUAUUUUGCCCUUGUAUGACCCCUCUCAUUAAGUCUUAUGUGGUAACAAGCCAACUGUGUCUCAGCGUUCAUAUAUGUUACUGGACUUCAGCAUUGCCUUUGUGUUUGCAAGUUCCACGGAAGAAGAGAUAUGGACUCAAAAAGAUUUGGAACACUAACAAGAGAAAAUUGUGAGUGGCAGCAAUUCUGAUAUCGAUAUUAUGCCCAAAUCAAGUCCAUCAGAACCAUCGUUAGAAGUCAAUGAAGAAGACAUUUUAUAAUCAUCGGAUUAAUCGGGUCACCGAAUAUUUUACCAAAAUUGUUCCCAUUUGAAGACAUCUGCAGCCUCUCUGACUACUUGGAAAGUGUUAUAACCUCUGGCAUUAUGCGGAUAAUCAUCAUCAAAACCAAUUUGUAUAUGCAUAACAAAUUGUAACGGUUGCUGAACCCAUGCACUAAAGAAAAACAUGGUGAACAGUAAUAAAUUUGGAAAUGAAGAUGUUAAUGUGGCCAAAGAAAUUGUUAAUCUUACAUGUUAUCUUAUGUUAUUCAGUGUUUUCUCAUCAACUCUUUUAUACUUCAUACUCAGGAGGCCAAAGUAAACAUUUCUUGACAACGUAACCGACAUUAGUGAGACACUAAUCCAUGUUGAUUUUGAUGCAAUUUCUUCAUCCGCUGGGUCUCUACUCCUACCAACAAAACAGGAACCUAACAAAGGCAGAGGAUGUCAACUGGAUGCUAAAAUGAAAAACCACUAAAUCAUUCAGAUUCUCACGGCAGAAGUUCGUAAGUACCUGCCAAAAUGUUGCAAAGUGCAUCUCGGAAAACAUCAAGAUUUUUAUGUGCUCUGUAUGAAAUAACUAUACAUAACAGUACCGCACCAUCCAAGUCUACCGAAGAUAAUGUAAAAUUUUAAUGUUUGUUGCAAAAUUUGCAGUAUAUAGUUCUUUUCUUUGCAUUGCAGAAGUCAUCCAUGGGCUUUAGACUUUCCCUGCAUAGCAAAGAAUAUGUGUGAGUUAAAUGAAGUUUAAAGAUCCUUUAAAAAUAAUUGAUAUGUCUGGCUCAAGUAUACAGGUAAGAAUGUGUAGCUGAAAGGGUUAAAAGAUAUUUUGGUUGGAAAGAAGUUAAUACUUGAUUAGAAUAAUCUUAUUAUUCCUUUAGUCCAUAGCUGUGACUGUAGUGUAGUUUAGUGUUGUGUAUUGAGAAUUUGAGGUGAAGGGACUGUACAGUUUAGUUUGAGGAAGUUGUGUAAAAGUUGGGUUUGUCGUUCUGUACUUCCCUCCAUAACAGUAUCUUAUAAUUCUGUAUUUGUAGCAGAAUGAAAUUAUGAUAUAUUUUGUAUCA